GGGGAAAGGAAAUGGAUGUCGAAACCGGAAAAGGUGAAUCACAAAAGGAUGCAUACCAUGGUGGUUUUUCAGACUAGAAUUCUGGGGAAAUUGCAUAUCUUUUCUCAGGAACCGAGGCCAAAGAGCCGGUAAAGAAGUUUGGCCCUUCUCGGAUACCAUAGUGACGGGAAGGUGGGAAGCAGGAGCGGCAGUGAUUGAUGUGCCUAGGAAAGAGUUAAAGAGACCCACAUUUAAAUGCAGGCUCAUCACUUAUUAUCUAACCAUAAGAGGAAUCUUAAAGAAAGAACGGUUCGAGGGUACGGAAGGUGUUGUGAAAACCAUCGCUAAACUUCCAAAAAAUGGGCAAGGAAAAGACUCACAUUAACAUUGUGGUCAUUGGACACGUAGACUCUGGCAAGUCCACCACUACUGGCCACCUCAUCUACAAAUGUGGUGGAAUUGACAAGAGAACCAUUGAGAAGUUCGAGAAGGAGGCUGCUGAGAUGGGAAAAGGCUCCUUCAAAUAUGCCUGGGUCUUGGAUAAACUGAAGGCUGAACGUGAGCGUGGUAUCACUAUUGAUAUCUCCCUGUGGAAAUUUGAGACCAGCAAGUACUAUGUGACCAUUAUUGAUGCUCCUGGACACAGAGACUUUAUCAAGAACAUGAUUACAGGCACAUCUCAGGCUGACUGUGCGGUCCUGAUUGUUGCUGCUGGUGUUGGUGAAUUUGAAGCUGGUAUCUCAAAGAAUGGGCAGACCCGUGAGCAUGCCCUUCUGGCCUACACACUAGGUGUAAAACAACUGAUUGUUGGUGUAAACAAAAUGGAUUCCACCGAGCCCCCCUACAGCCAGAAGAGAUAUGAGGAAAUUGUCAAGGAAGUCAGUACCUACAUUAAGAAAAUUGGCUACAACCCUGACACAGUAGCUUUCGUGCCAAUUUCAGGUUGGAAUGGUGAUAACAUGCUGGAGCCAAGCUCUAAUAUGCCUUGGUUCAAGGGAUGGAAAGUCACUCGUAAGGAUGGCAAUGCUAAUGGAACUACACUGCUUGAAGCUUUGGAUUGCAUCCUGCCACCAACUCGUCCAACUGACAAACCCCUUCGUCUGCCCCUCCAAGAUGUCUACAAGAUUGGCGGUAUUGGUACUGUUCCUGUUGGCCGAGUGGAAACUGGUGUUCUAAAACCAGGCAUGGUGGUCACCUUUGCCCCAGUCAAUGUUACAACUGAAGUAAAGUCUGUCGAAAUGCACCAUGAAGCUUUGAGUGAGGCUCUGCCAGGGGAUAAUGUUGGUUUCAAUGUCAAGAACGUGUCUGUCAAAGAUGUCCGCCGUGGUAAUGUGGCUGGUGACAGCAAGAAUGACCCACCUAUGGAAGCAGCUGGUUUCACUGCACAGGUUAUUAUCCUGAACCAUCCAGGCCAAAUCAGUGCUGGCUAUGCACCUGUUCUGGAUUGUCACACUGCUCACAUUGCUUGCAAGUUUGCUGAACUGAAGGAGAAGAUUGAUCGUCGUUCUGGUAAGAAGCUGGAAGAUGGCCCUAAAUUCCUGAAAUCUGGUGAUGCUGCCAUCGUUGACAUGGUUCCAGGCAAGCCCAUGUGUGUGGAGAGCUUCUCUGAUUAUCCUCCUCUGGGUCGUUUUGCUGUUCGUGAUAUGAGGCAGACUGUUGCAGUUGGUGUCAUCAAGGCAGUUGACAAGAAGGCUGCUGGAGCUGGCAAGGUCACAAAAUCUGCCCAGAAGGCCCAGAAGGCUAAAUGAAUAUUCUGUACAACACCUGCCACCCCAGUCUUAAUCAGUGGUGGAAGAACGGUCUCAGAACUGUUUGUCUCAAUUGGCCAUUUAAGUUUAAUAGUAAAAGACUGGUUAAUGAUUACAAUGCAUCGUAAAAGCUUCAGGAGGAAAGGAAUGUUUUUUGUGGACCAUUUGUUUCGUGGCAGUUUUAAGUUAUUAGUUUUUAAAAUCAGUAAUUUUUAAAUGGAAACAACUUGACCAAAAAUCUGUCACAGAAUUUUGAGACCAUUAAAACAGUUUAAUGCGAAACCUGUGUGUUCUUUGGGUCAACCAUUAUUAGAAUUCAAUGGGGGUGGAAAGCAUUUAAAGUAACUGGCACAAAUCCUUUGGCCAUCUUCGCUACAAAAAUUUUUGGGCACAAAAGUAACAGGCAAGUGAGUUCAUUUGGCCUCACAAUUGUAAUUUUUGUUUAAAAAAUGUAUAGUUCACCUUUGGACAAGACUGAUAAAUGUUACCUGACCUGUUAGGCCUGUAUACUUCUAGCCUCUUAAUGGAAAAAAAUGGUAUUCCCUUUUUGUAGUUAAAGGGGAAAGUACUCUAGAUUUUUUUUUACGAUGCCCUUCCAAAAGCCUUUGGCUUGGUUCCACUAACUUUUCUAGCUAGACAAUCUUCUCAACACCAGCAAGACAUCUGGUAAAGGCUAUAUAAGAUUGGAUGGACUUAAGUGAAUUGGCAUGGUCUUGUAAAAAUUUUUAUGUAAUCGUCCAUCUGAGAAAUUAACUGACACUGAAAUGAGAAUUAUUUGUUUGUAGUUUAGCAUUACCUCAUUCUAAUUGUGCCAAAUAGAAGUAAUGCUAUCUGGGGGGUGUGUGAUAAAAGGUAAUCUAGUAAGUUAAAGCAAUGAAUGUCAGGUGUGCCACUAGCAGAAAACUGCCAUGUUAGCUGCUUUGUUACUUUUGUGGUGUAAUAUAGUUAAUAUGUGAUAGUAAUAAAGUUCCCAACUUCUAAUAUUAAUUUUAGGACUGAAAGCUAGCAUUCUUUCUAUGGAGUUUCAUUAUUACCUCUUAAAGUAAAUUACCUCAGAAGUUUGUUUUUAUAGAACCAAACUUGGAAUUUUAAAUCUGAUGGGGAAAUAGCCUCCUUGAAAGAUGAAUAUCCGUAUUAUGGAUUUUUUGGAAUUUUCCAGCUUUGUUAAACUGCCUCAAAACAAACCCUUAAUAGUACUAGUAAGUAGGGUAUUGGGUAGAUGUUUUAAGGGUUUACACAUUUCUUGGACUUGAAACAUGCAUGGUUGCGUUGUGGGGGGGAAAAUGGCAAGUGCUAUGUAGAAGAUGGAAUAUUGGCUAGGAAACCACUUUAGAUAAAUCAAUAUGUAAUACACAUAAAAUAAUAACCUGUUUGCAAAAUUAAGUGGCAUUGUCAUAAUGAAGGGUUUUAUUUUGCAGAAAAGGAAGACCUAGACAUGUUCUUAAUCUUUUUCUGCAAAUUUUUAUCAGAACAUAGCAUUUAAAAGUUUUCUACCUGGGUUGGAAAAAUGCCAAGACUUCUGUAUUAAGGGGCAGUACAUUCUUAAAAAGGCCCAGGCCCAAUUCAAGCAAAACUGCUGAUUACUUUUGAAAGUUUGGGGUAGCUUCUUACAAUUCGUAAUUAGCUAAGCUGGAAGUGAAAACCUAUUUUAACUCACAGUAGGUGUUAAGUAUUAGUGUUAAGUAGAGGUAUAACGGUAUGUAUAGUGGUUAGGGAACAUCUAUAGUAAAAGAUCCUGACCCAUGCUAGAUGUGACCUGAGCAAGGUUUAACCUCUGAGCCGCAUAACCUCUCCCAACUCUUGGCCCUGAGAGUUGUACUGUAAUUGCCACAUCUACGUUGCUUAGGAUAAGUGUUUCUCCUUGGAAUGACUACAAAUUUUAACUGGCACCACAAAGUGCCAGUGGAUAGUCUAAAUUUUGAAACAUUCCCAAUAACUGCAAAGGUUGGUUAGAGUGAAGAACUCCCUUUGAUUUUUCUCAGUUGUGGAUUAUACUUAAUUUGAAUUUUUUAAUACUUUAACCAUGUACUAUAUUUCUCUUGAAGUCACUGGUCCUUUCAAAGUUUAUCCAGCCUGACUGGCAUUUUCUUAUGUAAAAAAAGCACAGGCAAAAGUUUUCUAGAGGCUUCAAGUAUGACCACAUUAUUGGGGCUAUUCAAGUGAAACCAUAACCUGGUUAUUUGUGUUGGAUGGUUUUUUCUUCAGUUUAAAUUGUCCUACAGAUUUUUGCAAUUGAGUGUUCUUGACAAUAACCAGCAUCUAUAUAGUAAAUUGUAGUUUACUGCCAUGAACCAUGUUGUGUUAGGAUUAAUUAGUAAGGAAAGCAUAGGCUGACUAUAAAACAGUAGGAAUUGGGAAAAAGGCCAUCUUAAGAUAAUUGUAAUAUGUUAAAAACUGGGAAAUGACCUGUCUUAAUUCUUAAGCCUUUGGGAACAAUAUAGACUGGGUACUCAAUAUUCAUUGUAUUACUAGAGCCAUAAAACUCCCACAAGCA